AUGAUGCGCAUCCUCCCCCGCUCGUUUCGCGCGGCGGCUCGCCCCCUCCCUCGCGCGGCUAGACUAUACCAGUCCGUCGCGUCCCGCCCUGUCCCACCUACCGCGUCUUCCAGCCAACUGAAGGACGCAACUCCUUCCCGCUCAUACGCUACCGAGACGUCCAUCCCGCCCAGCGCAAAUGACAUGUUUGCGAACGGAACAAACGCGUUCUACGCGGACGAGAUGUACAGGCACUGGAAGAGCGACCCAAAGAGCGUGCACGUCUCGUGGGCUACCUACUUUGAGGGACUGGACAAGGGACUGCCAUCGUCCUCCGCCUACACACCGCCUCCGGGUUACUCGGGCGCUGGGUCCACCGUACCCGCCGCUGCCGAUGGUAGCCCGGAAUUGCAGGUCUCUGGCGGUGGUGAAGUUGCCGACUACUUGAAGGUCCAGCUCCUCAUCCGCGCGUACCAGGUUCGAGGACACCACAUUGCUAACCUCGACCCCCUCCGUAUCUCCAACGCCGACCUCGACGCCAACACUCCACCAGAACUCCGGCUGGAGUACUAUGGAUGGACUGAAAAGGAUCUCGAAAAGGAGAUCAAGCUCAAUUCGUCCAUUCUCCCUCGGUUCAUCGGGUCCGUCCCGGGGGACAAGAUGACGAUUGGGCAGAUUAUUGAGGAGCUGAAGCGGAUGUACUGCCACCACGUUGGUGUUCAGUACGUCCACAUUGUCGAUCGGGGACAGUGCGACUGGAUCCGGGAGCGUGUCGAACUCCCCACCCAGUGGAAAUACAACACGGAGGAGAAGCGGAUGAUCCUCGACCGGACUAUGUGGUCUGAGCUUUUCGAAAAGUUCAUUGCGUCCAAAUACCCCAACGAGAAGCGGUUCGGUCUCGAGGGGUGCGAAUCCCUCGUCCCCGGUAUGAAGGCGCUUAUCGACCGAUCGGUCGACGAGGGCGUCAAAUCCAUCGUCAUCGGUAUGCCCCAUCGUGGACGGCUCAACGUCCUCGGCAACGUCAUCCGGAAGCCUAUCGAGGCUAUCUUGAAUGAAUUCGCCGGGGCGGUGGAGAAGCAGGAAGGAGGCGGAGACGUAAAGUACCACUUGGGUGCCAACUACGUCCGGCCCACACCGAGCGGGAAGAAGGUGUCUCUCUCGCUCGUCGCCAACCCGUCGCAUCUCGAGGCGGAGGACCCUAUCGUCCUCGGCAAGACCCGCGCCAUUCAGCACUUCGAAGGCGACGAGGCGACACACACCACCGCCAUGGGUGUGCUGCUGCACGGAGACGCGGCGUUUGCUGGCCAGGGUGUGGUGUACGAGACGAUGGGGAUGCAGAAUCUUCCCAACUACGGGACGGGCGGAACGGUCCACAUCAUCGUCAACAACCAAAUCGGUUUCACCACCGACCCGCGGUUCGCCCGUUCCACUCCUUACCCCUCGGACAUUGCCAAGUCGAUCGACGCGCCCAUCUUCCACGUAAACGGUGAUGACGUCGAAGCGGUCAACUACGUCUGUACGCUCGCCGCGGAAUGGCGCGCCACGUUCAAGAAGGACGUGGUCGUCGAUAUCGUCUGUUACCGUCGGUACGGGCACAACGAGACGGACCAGCCGUCAUUCACCCAGCCGCGGAUGUACAAGGCGAUUCAGAACCAGCCUACCGUACUCUCUCUAUACACGGACCAGUUGAUCAAGGAGGGCACGUUCACCGAGAAGGAGAUUGAUGAGCACCGGCAGUGGGUGUGGGGGAUGCUCGAGAAGGCGCAGGAUCUCGCCAAGGAGUACAAGCCCUCGGCGCGCGAGUGGCUCUCGUCCUCAUGGGAGGGAUUCCCGACGCCCAAGGAGCUCGCGGAGAAUGUCCUCCCCCACCACCCGACCGGAACCGACCAGCACACGCUCAAGCAGAUCGGUAACGUCAUCUCCACCUUCCCCGAGGGAUUCACACCCCACAAGAACCUCGCACGGAUCAUCGGGUCCCGCGGAAAGGCCGUCAAUGAGGGUAAAAACAUUGACUGGUCGACCGCCGAGGCGCUCGCUUUCGGCUCGCUCUGCCUCGAGGGCACGCACGUCCGUGUCUCCGGACAGGACGUCGAGCGGGGUACCUUCUCGCAGCGACACGCGGUCGUGCACGACCAGGAGACGGAGAACCAGUAUGUCCCUCUCAAGCACCUCGGUGGCGAGCAGGGCUCGUUCACCGUCUGCAACUCGCACUUGUCGGAGUUUGGUACGCUUGGGUUCGAGCUCGGAUACUCGUUGGUCAGCCCCAACAGCUUGACCAUCUGGGAGGCGCAGUUUGGUGACUUUGCGAACAACGCUCAAUGUAUCAUUGACCAAUUCAUCGCUGCCGGUGAACGCAAGUGGCUUCAGCGGUCUGGGCUCGUCAUGAGCUUGCCGCACGGGUACGACGGUCAGGGACCGGAACACUCGUCUGGGCGUAUCGAGCGGUUCUUGCAGCUGUGCGAUGAUGAGCCGAGAGUCUACCCCGCACCGGAGAAGCUGGACAGGCAGCACCAGGACUGCAACAUGCAGGUUGUGUACCCUACUACCCCCGCCAACUACUUCCACGUUCUUCGCCGUCAGAACCAGCGCGAGUUUAGAAAACCCCUCAUCAUUUUCUUCUCCAAAUCCCUCCUCCGUCACCCGCUCGCCCGGUCCGACCUCUCGGCCAUGGAAGGCGAGACCAUCUUCCAGCGGUACCUCCCCGAAGAGCACCCGGACACCCUCGUCGCGCCCGACCAGAUCAAGCGUCAUAUCCUGUGUACCGGCCAGGUCUACUAUCAGCUCCUCCAGGAGCGUGAGAAGCGAGGGAUCAAGGAUGUGGCUAUCUCGAGGGUGGAGCAGUUGUCCCCUUUGCCUUAUGAUCUGAUUACGCCUCAUUUGGACAAGUAUGCGAAUGCCGAGCUUAUUUGGGCUCAGGAGGAGCCUUUGAACAAUGGUGCUUGGACAUAUGUCCAGCCUAGGUUGAUCACUGCUCUUAAGCAGACGGAACACCACAAGAACCGGAUCCCGAUUUACGCUGGACGCAAGCCGUCCUCGUCUGUCGCGACGGGUCACAAGCAGGCGCACAAGGAUGAGGUGGAGAUGAUCAACGAGAUGGCGUUUAAUGCGACCGAGUAA